GGGCAACCGUGGAUUGUUGCAUGGAAUCAUUUUGCCACCUGUGCGCCAUUUGUCUCCCUCAAGACCUAUGGAGGCACUUCGGAAGUGGCUCCGGCAAGAGCUGCUGGACGCAGAUGAAGAGAGUCGCACCUGGCGCUUGCGUGCGAUCCAGGCUGAAGCAGAAUUGCGGGCAUUGCAGGUCGAGUCCAAGACGGACGACCUCGUGGACGUCUCGGCUGUCUCGUCUGACGAGGCAAGCACAAAGCCACAGAACAUGCAGGUGAUCCUGGGUCAAGUCUUAGGCCUGGAGAAGUACCUGAAGGAGUGGGAGACGGAACGACGUGCCAAGCGUUUGGAGGACACCCAGGCAGCGACCAGAGAAUCUCAGCAACUGCAGGCGCGCUUGGAUGCUGAGAAGGUUCAACUUCCACGAGCUGAGAAGGAGGCCAAAGAAGCCCGUUUGCAAGCUGAAGUACUGCAGGAGGAGAGAGCCAAAGUGAACAAUGCUCACCACGCACGAAUUUCAGAAACCGCCCAUGAAAUCCACGAGCUGCUGCUGAGUGCAGGUGUCCGAAAGACUGGAGACAGUUUAAUUUCCCUAGAGCAAGGGGAGUCAGCCUUCAAAUCCAUCCAGAACUCUGUAAAACAGCUGGAGGAGGAUGUGAAGGAGACCGGGCGAAAGCGAGAGGAGUUGUGUAUGCGAUUGGAGGAACUCCUCACAAGGCACCUCAACAACAUGGAGACCAAGGCCAAAAGCGCGCGAGAGGUGCAGGCAGCGCGCCAGGCAGUGCAGGGACGCCAGACCAUGCUUACAAAGCUGCAGGGGGAGGUGUCGAGGAGCCGCGCGCGCUUGGAGCGCAAGAGGAAGCAAUUGGAGGGACAGCUCUCCCACGCCACACUGGAGCAGAAGGAUGCCUCUGAGCGCCUCAACUCGGCGGAGGAGGCAUUGCGCAAGGUGAGGAAUCAGCAUUCGAAACAACUGCGCAGUGUGAAGAGUCAGACGAGUAGCCUACAAGCAGAGGUGGAUGCACAUCUUCAGGAGAGCGAAGCUGCGGAGCGGGAAAUGCAGGAGCUGCAGCGGCGAGAAGCAGAGCUGGAAAGCAGCGAGCAGCGAUUCUUCCAACAAGAAGAAGAGCUCCGGGAACAGGCGAUGAAGGCGCGAGUGCGUUUGAGUACGCUGGAGCAGGACACGGAGCGUUUCGAGGUGGAGCGAAGGGUCCUGCUCGAAGAACUCCAACCUUUGGAGGAGGAAUUGGAGCAGGUGGAAUUGCAGGCCAAAGCCUUGCGAGAUUUGGCCGAUGCAGAUGAACUGAAAACCAAGGAGCACCAGAAUGCUGCAGCUGGUUGCAAGGAAGAGAUUGAUGCACAUCGCAGUGAGUUUGCAUCCCAGGCCGACGAACUGAGUGUGCUCAACGCUUUGCAAAGCGACGUGGCGGAGCUUCGCAAGCGUCGAGACGUGGUUAUGUCUGAGCGGGCGGCAUUGGAAGAUGCUUCCAAGGCAGUGGUGCAGUCUUUGGACCAACAGCUGUCAGACUUGAGGGAAGCGCAGCGCCGCUCGACGCAGCUGAAGACAGCCCAUGACGAGUUUACCAAGCUUCUGCCGCCCAGCAGCCUGCGGCAGAUGGCUAUGUCAGUGGCUGCUGAGCAGGCCUUGGGGCGGAUCGUGCGGAAGGCUGAGCAAUUGCAUGGCUAUUUGGAAGGCCGACCAGCCGGCAGCGGGCCAGGUGCCCGUCGCGCGCGGCCCACGAAUGGCAAAGAGGGUGCCACAGGGCGCUUGGCCGAACAGUUGAUGGAAGCUGCAGAGAACAUCGUGAAAGAUGAGCUUCAGGAGUGCCGGCACGUUCUCAUCGACUUGCAACAGAAACUGGCCGAAGGCUCCGCCCGACGAGGCCAAGAGAUGUGCCAAAUGCGAACGCAGCGUCGCCAACUCGAAGAGGAGCUUUCCAAAGUGGAAGCUGAUGUGCAUUCUGCGAGUGCUGAAGCUGCGCCGCUCCUGGAAGAGCUCGAACGGCAUUUAGAGGACUUGCAGCAAGAAGCCGCAAAUCACGAAGCCACGGUUGCGGCGGAGUUCGCCGAUUUGUUGCAGCAACAAACAUUGGAGCGAGAUUCGCUGAAGGCGCAGGCGAGUUUGGAUAAAGUUGCAAAGACAACACUUGGAGAUAGUUGGAGGAGAAUUGCUGACAUUAUGGUUCUUAUUUCAACGAUUGCUUCCAUCAAUUUCUAUUGAUUGAUUGAAUAUUACUAAUAUUGUUCAAAAAUAUUUGCUUUUUCGCUUGCCGCGUGGAAAUUGGAAUAUUGAUAAUCCUGAGGUGGAAGAAAUGAGACGCGAUUUGGAAAUUACGAAUUAAAUACAAUAUUGUAUAUUUG